CACAAAUUCUCACACUGAUUUCCUUCAAUUCAGUGGGCACUAUGGCGUGUUCCCAUCGGAAAUCGCCUGUUUCCCCCAGUAUCCGGCCGGCAGCGACUUCUGGUUCCUCUGCUAGCAACAUUUUUUUGGUAGUUCUUCUCCGCAGUCGGUGGCAAUCCUAAGCAAGAAACUUCAUGUCGAGCAAUUGUUUAGCGGGUACGUUUCUUGGUGGUUCCUCGCCCAACAAUGGCGACAUUGUUCAUACUGUAAACAAACUUUGGGGUAGAAAGGGGAAAAUAAUUGUUACUUGAGUAGGCAAUAAUACCUUCUUGUUCUAAAUUCCGGAUCCUGCAACUAGGGAAUGGGUUUUCCAUUCCAAGAUUCCAUGGCAUGUGUCUCAAAGAACUCUGUAUCUCCAGCCAUGGAAACCUGAUCUGGAUUUAUCCAAGAUUGAACCCUUGAAGAUGCAAAUCUGGGUUAAAAUUUGGGGAGUUCCUAUGACUUUGUACACGCCUCAGGGGCUAGGAUAUGUGGUUACUGGCUAGUGCCAUUGGAGCCCCUGUCUGCCUUGAUAACGCCGCAGAAGAGUGUGUUUACAUCAAUUAUGCACAGGUAUGUGUUGAAGUGGAUGCAGAUAAAGUUGCUGAUCAUCCAUCCUCGAUCCCUAUUGGUGGUGUGAAACAACAACCAAUGGAGCUUCUCUUUGAGUAUCCAUGGCUCCCUGUGCAUUGUGGAAAUUGCAAGAAGGAAGGGCAUCUUAAAAGGGACUGUACAAGGAAAUUACAAUGGGAACCAACCAAGAAACAAGAAUGGAAACUAAUCUCAAGGAAGAAGACAAAUGAAGAACUCGAGAAAGUGGUUUCUACUGUUGCUACCACUUCUCAUUCGAGCUUGCCUGAUCUUGAGCUAAAUAGUAAACUUCCAGUACCAACCAAGGAUAUACAGAUAGUAUCACCAUCUGUUUUACCUGGUUCAGAUAAAUUGGCCACUUCAACUCGCCAGCUAGUAUCCAUAAAUGAUUCUCAGCAGACAGUUCCUGUUGGUAACCCAUUUACUGCUUUGUAUACCUUGCAAUCUAAUUUGCUAGAGCAAGAGUCUGCCCUUAAACAGAGGAGAUCUAGAGCUGCUUCUCAAGGUGUUGCUAUUGCUACAAAAGCUCUAUUGCCACGACCAAGACAGUCCAAGAAAAGUUUGAACUCCUCAAGUGAGGUUCUUCAGCCCCAGUUAAAAUGAAGAUUCUCUUCUGGAAUGUUAGAGGCAUUAGCACGCCCAAUAAACAAAGAGAGUUGAAAAGGUAUUUUAUGCAAUAUAAUGCUGAUAUUAUU